AUGGAUCAACUACUAACCUUACUAACAGAAGUUGAAGCAUGUCUCAAUACACGACCAUUGACUUACCAAGAAACUGAUUAUAAAAACACUUUGCAUUGUCUGCGCCCAAUCGAUUUUAUCCAGAACGAGAUAGACAUCACACUUCCACUCACAAAUUUCGAGGAAAGUCAAGAUGAUCCAUCUUAUUACCCAUCUAGUGAGGCAGCUCGCCUCAACACUCAUCUACAAACAAUUAGAGCAUUGCAAUCAUCCUGCGCUCUUUCCGAACGCUACUGGAAAAUAUGGAAGGACGCAUAUUUAACCGCCUUGCGAGAACAACAUCGACGUCACAUGAGCAAAAAAAGAGGAUGCAACCGUCAACCGACCAUUGGAACGGUUGUUCUUAUAAUUUACUCCUGCAGAAAAGAAACAACUUGA